AUGCUUUCUUUCUCUUUCUCUUUUUACAUUUCUCUGUCCGUUUCACGUGAGAGAUAGUACAUCAUACCGUCACGAAAAACUCCCGAAUUGACUACACACUCACCCGUUUCCUGUUUCGCUUGUCUCCUCCUACAUCGUGCUCGUUUCUUCUCUCUACUCAACUUCCCUCUUUGGCUUUUCUAUAAUUCUUCGUUUCCCAUUUUCACGAUUUUGUUUUUGUUCUUAUCUCUAUGUAGAAACGUAGAAUCUCUUUGGGUACGGUUAUAGGUGUCUUUUAAUAUAAAAUCUUCAGAACCCACUUGUCUUUAAUCCUAAUGCAUUGAAUCUUCAUUCGUUUUCUGCCUUUUUCAUUUAUUUGUUUGUUUAUUUAUGCUUCUGCUUAUUAAAUAGUGACUGUGAUGCAACUUCCUUUUCCUUCGGUUUUGGUUUUGGUGGAAAUUAAGGAAAUGUCGUAGCAGUUGCCUAAGCUUCUUCCACUAUUAAUUUUACUCUUUUUCCUUGAUGGGUUGGGUUGGUCAAAGUUAAUAGUUAGUAAAAAAAGACAACGUUUUUAGACUGAUUAAUGACAGUUGUUAUAAGGGGUCUUCAUUGAAAUUAUUGGAAUAUAGCCAGCUGGCAUAUUUGAUGUAUGUGAUUUGUGAUGACGUUGGUGAUCAUAUUUGUUUUUCUAAACCCCCUCUAGUUCUGUUCUAGGUCUCUGUUAUGCUUGGUUUAUCGCAAAUCGAUCCAGAGAUUCUUUUAUUUAUUUAUUCAUUUGUUUGUUUAUUUUUUUACUCUAACUUGGUGGCCGCAUCUUGUUUGUUUGGCUGUUUUUCUUUUUUGCUGAGAAUAUUUUCCAGGGUACCACUAUGUCCCUGUCACUCCAUACUAAUUCGACUUGGUACCACAAAAUAAGUUUUUUUUUGUCCGCAAUGGCGCAUGUCUUGCUCCUGCACAGAGUAAAAACAAAAAAGUGAUGAUAUCAUAUGUUUGCUUAAUUUUAGGAACUUACUAAAAUUUCACUAGUGUGGACAACAUCAAAAUGGAUGCAGAAUUUCUUAUCAAAGAACUCGAACUAAUCCAUCCGUGCCUUUUGUAAUUUUGUUCAUGUUGUAUUUUUUAUUAUUAUUUAUUAUAGUAUAUGUUCACAUUUUGAUUUCUUCCGCUGCCUACCCUCAUCGAGUAAGAGUUAUUAGAUACUUUCUAAACGAGAUCUUGAUCUAUUUUAUGCAUAAUUUUUGUGGCCUGAAAUUGAACUUGGUUCCCUUUCAAUUAUUGCAAAUUGUGUAUGCUAUAUUAGUGAACUUUCUGCACUAGUCAUCUUUCUGGGCUUUCCAUUUCUUUGACACUCAUUGUGAUUUGUGAUGAAUGUUUCAAAUGUAGACAAUUGUUGUUUUGAGCCUCUGGAAAGAUAGAGAGGUUUUACAAGCACUUCUCUGGUGGUGGAAGCCAAAACACUAUUCUGGGGAGUAGGUAUUGUUAGUGAUUACAAACAAACAGACUUUAGGAUUUGAGAACUAAGGCUUAAGGAGCUCGCUAAGGUUAGUUACUGCUAUCAUUUCCCCCUAUCACAUCAUCUUUAUUUGAUUGAUAUUUGAAGGAAUUUGAAAGCAUGAAAGAAAUUGAGAAGAGAAAAGCUUCAAGGAAUAGUCAGACAAAGGGUUCAAGAAGAACCGAAAGGAGAGAGAAUAAAUUGCAUCAAGAUAAUUCUUCCAAAACAUUGAAUGAAAAAGGAACUGAAUCUAAGACACCCCAGGAUAGUAGACCAACUGCAAAUAAUUUUCUAAGUGAUUCAAACACGGCCUUAGAGAAUUCAGAAACUUAUGAAAAUGUGGUUAUACAUUAUGUGGAUGAUGUCAACAGGUCUGAGGAGGCACUUGCCGAGAUGAAAGUUAAUGAAAACAAAAAUGAAGUGGCUGGUGAUCGUUCCAGUGAUUUGGAGAAAGAGCAAAAGGAAGGGAAUGAAGAAGUCUCAGAUACUGAGACAGUAAAGGAUUCAGUAUCUUCCCAAGGUGAUUCUUUCACAAAUGAGGAUGAGAGAACAGAAAAGGCUUCAAAAGAUCCUAAAAGUAAGGUUAAAGUGAAUCCUUCAGAAAGCAACCGUGGAUCAAAGGAGAGAUCUGAUAGAAAAACUAAUAAAUUGCAAUCGAAGGUAUCGAAUAGCAAUCAAAAGAAACCUAUGAACUCAAAUAAAGGGCCCUCCAAAGUUACAAACAAAAAUACUCCCUCAACCAAUUCCAAGACUGUGAAAGUUCCUGUAAAUGUAUCAUCAGAAUCUUCUGAAGGUGUAGAUGAAAAACCUGUUCAAGAGGUCAAGGAACCUGAUGUUGUGGAUGGAUCCUCCAAUGGUGCUCAGAGUGUAGGAAGUGAAGAUGAAAUUCAUGAAACAGCUAAUGCUGAAGAAAAUGGUGAACAUGAGGAUGAUACAGCUGCAGAAUUAAAAAUUGAAGAAAUGGAAUUACGAAUUGAAAAGCUCGAAGAGGAGCUUAGAGAAGUUGCUGCUCUUGAAGUGUCACUUUAUUCCAUUGCACCAGAGCAUGGAAGCUCAGCACACAAGGUGCACACACCUGCUCGACGCCUUUCUAGGCUCUAUAUACAUGCUUGUAAGCAUUGGACCCAGAAAAGGCGAGCAACGAUUGCCAAGAAUACUGUUUCUGGUCUUAUUUUGGUUGCCAGGUCUUGUGGUAAUGAUGUUUCAAGGUUAACUUUCUGGCUGUCAAAUACCAUUGUGCUGAGAGAGAUAAUUUCUCAAGCCUUUGGGAAUUCCUGUCAAGCUAGUCCCCUUAAAAGGUUGGCCGAGUCAAAUGCUGCUGGGAAGAGAAACGAUGGGAAGUCUAUGGCGCUGAAAUGGAAAGGUAGCUCCAGUGGUAAAGCAGGAAAUGGUUUUAUGCCUCUUGUUGAAGAUUGGCAAGAGACAGGAACCUUUACAUUUGCUUUAGAAAGAGUAGAAUCGUGGAUCUUUUCUCGGAUAGUGGAGUCAGUGUGGUGGCAGGCUUUGACUCCCUACAUGCAGUCUCCAGUUGGGAACUCUUCAAAUAAAUCCAUUGGGAAGCUGAUGGGACCUGCUCUUGGUGAUCACAAUCAAGGAAACUUUUCCAUCAAUCUCUGGAGAAAUGCUUUCCAAGAUGCUUUUCAACGACUCUGUCCUGUUCGAGCAGGAGGGCAUGAGUGUGGUUGUUUGCCUGUAUUGGCUAGAAUGGUCAUGGAACAAUGCAUAGCUAGACUAGAUGUUGCUAUGUUCAAUGCUCUUCUUCGGGAGUCGGCCCUUGAUAUCCCGACUGAUCCUAUAUCAGACCCUAUUGUGGAUUCAAAGGUUUUGCCAAUUCCAGCUGGAGAUUUAAGCUUUGGGUCUGGUGCACAGCUAAAAAAUUCUGUUGGCAAUUGGUCUAGAUUGCUUACUGACAUGUUUGGCAUUGAUGCUGAAGAUUGUCUGCUGCAAGAAGAUCAGGAGAACAGUGAGAAUGAUGAAAAGCAGGGCAGAGACAGUGAACCUAAACCUUUUGUUCUCCUUAAUGACUUGAGUGACCUUCUGAUGCUACCUAAAGACAUGCUUAUAGAUAGAAAUAUCAGACAUGAGGUGUGUCCAACCAUCAAUCUUUCAUUGAUUAUACGGGUUCUCUGUAACUUCACUCCGGAUGAGUUCUGUCCAGAUCCUGUUCCAGGAACUGUCUUGGAGGCCCUGAAUGCAGAGACUAUUAUAGAGCGAAGAUUGUCAGCAGAAUCUGCAAGAAGCUUUCCCUAUGUGGCUGAGCCCGUUGUGUAUAUGGCUCCCUCUUCUGCUAAUGUGGCAGAGAAAGUUGCAGAGGCUGCAGGAAAGUCUCACUUGGCAAGAAAUGUAUCAGCUGUUCAAAGAAGAGGAUAUACCAGUGAUGAGGAGCUAGAGGAACUAGAUUCCCCUCUUACAUUCAUCAUUGAUAAGCUUCCUUCAUCUCCAACUGUCACUGAAAAUGGAAAAGGUAAUAAUCAUAAAGAGCAAGGUGGCAACCCCACCACAAAUGCUAGAUACCAACUCCUACGUGAAGUUUGGUCCAUGUAAACCUUGUCAGUUCCACAUGUUUACACCUACCAAGGGAAAAAUGAAUACUACGUUAGAGAUUUGGCUGCAAAGAAUUGUGAAUUGAAAGAAAAUUAAAAAGAAAUGGAAUAGAAAGAUUUUAGAUAUUGAGAGAAUCUUCACCAAUAGCAGAGCUUAAGCUUGCAGAUUUAUUUUUUUGUAUAUAAAAAUAAGUCAUUAUAGUGUAGCAUUAAAAAAUUUGUUAUGUUCAAUGUUUACAUCUUUGUGUCUGCUUUAUAAUUAGAAUGCAAGAUAUAUUUGUAAUAGAAAUUUUAGUAUUUAUUUGUUGUUAAUUGUAUACAAAUUCUUUAUAGUUUACAAAGCUUA